UUGGUUUGUUUAUCUUACGUAUUUUCUUAAUUAAUUGUGCUACAAUGAACUCAAACUCCAGUGAUUAUCAAGUAGACUCAGAAAUUCAUUAACGUACACUCCACAAUGUCUUUCUACUAUUUGACACCCGUGAGAGGUGACAUGCCUGCGCACUUACUUGAAACAAUCGUUUCGACCAGGUUGGAUUUUUUAAAGGCAAUUUUCAAAGGAGAUCCCCUUGUUUAUAACGAAUAUAUGGUCGAAGGAAGCAUAUACGAUAACGUUGGACACUUUAUGUUAUGCAUCGUGACUAUUUUAACUGAAAAUACAGCCUUUUCGCAGUUUAUUUUAAAAGCAGAAACGGAACUGUUCAAGAGACGAAUUAAUACACUUUCUGCAUACGACCUCAGAAGAUUUUCUAAGAGACUUCUGAACAGCAUUAAACGUGCUGAUGAUACUCCUUCCUGUGAAGCAUUAAAAGUCUUGUGCCAGCAUCUUGUGUUAAAAAAAUUAGCACACCAUAUUUCAAUAUCUCAUGAUACAAACUGUUCAAUACACAGCAUCCAAUUAAAUUUUAAACUUUGCCUUAUGUUUGUAGCAAGCAGGCAAGUUGAAAUGGAACAAGGAAUGGCAAAAUUGCCCUGUGGUAAAUGGUUACAAUAUUUAAUAUCCCUAUUUAAUACUAAUUUAAGGUUUAGAAUAUAUCAGACUGAUGUGACACCACUAAGAAGUGAUCCUCGCGUUACUGACUUAUUAAACAAAAUUAGAAAAGACUUACUACCAUUCAUGAGCAGUAAAACAAACAUACUUCUUAGUAGAAACGUGGAUAGUUCCACAAAAUUCUUUCCACCGUGUAUGCUAAACUUGCAUAGGAACCUGCGUGCCCGACAUAGACUAUCCCACACACAAAGAUUCUUCUACAGUCUCUUUUUAAAAGAUAUUGGUAUGCCUGUAGAGGAAGCUAUAGACUUUUGGAGAAAUGAAUACAGACUGAAUCCAAAUGGCCCCCAUGUCUGUUGCCAUAAUUGGGAAAAAGAUGAAAAGAAGUACCUCUAUGGUAUAAGGCACAUGUAUGGACUAGAAGGUGGUAGGAAGAACUAUACAUCUGUAAACUGUCAAAGAAUACAAGGGUCAGAUAAUGCAUGUUCAGAGGGUGGGUGUCCAUUCAAAUUUGACUAUCAACAGAUGGUGAAGCUUCUACCUGGAUGCCCAGACAGUGCUUUGUCUCAAAUAAAUGAAUUUAAAAGAAAGAGACAGUAUAAUGCUGCAUGUAGGACUUAUUUACAAAGUUGUUUGAAGACUGACUGUGAUAGUGUGAGCUUUAGUUUUACACCUGUUAAAUAUUACAUGAUUGCAUGUAAGAAUGAAAUACAAUGAAAAUUAAAUGAUUUUUUAUUUCCUUC